AGCCGUUUUGGCCCAGACAGUUCGCACUACAGCACAAUCGCUGCUAUCGCCCUCCUCGGCCGUGGAGCGAUGAGGUUCGCCGCCGCCCUCGUGGCCCUGGCGUGCAAGCUCGCCGCCUCCAAGGAGCUCACCAAGGAGACCUGGGACGACGCCGUGUCGGGGAAGACCGUCUUUGUCAAGUUCUUGGCGCCGUGGUGAGGACACUGCAAGCGCAUGAAGCCCGAUUGGGACAAGCUGAUGGCCGAGUACGAGGGCUCCACGACGGUCCUCGUCGCAGACGUGGAUUGCACCACGGGCGGCAAAGAACUCUGCAAUUCGGUCGGCGUUCGGGGCUACCCCACCAUCAAGACAGGUUCCCCCGACGACCUGCAGGACUACAAGGGCGGCCGCGACUUCAACAGCCUCAAGAAGCACGCCGAGAGCCUGGGACCGACAUGCGGCCCCGCGAACAUCGACCUGUGCGACGCCGAGAAGAAGAAGCAGAUCGAAGAGUUCACCGCCCUCGGCGCCGAGAAGCGCGAGGCUAUGAUCAAGGAGAAGGAGGAGGAGAGCGAGAAGCUCGAGGCGGACUUCAAGGCCUUCGUCGAGGGCCUCAACAAGGCGUACAAGGAGGAGAGCGCGAAGAAGGACGAGGCCGCGGAGGCCAUCAAGAACAGCGGGCUGGGCCUGCUCAAGUCUGUGCACAAGUUUGCGGCGACGGCGAGCACGAGCAAGUCGGAGCUGUAGUCUCGCUUGUCGCUCGCGGGUGGUCCCGACUAGGAAUCGGGGUCCUCCGCGCGGGUGCACGGCGGACGAAUUUUGUUGUGAUGUUUUCCAUCGAGUAGUCUACGCCAUGAACAAACCAGCUCGACCUUGGACAGAGUCCCGCUAGGCCUCGAGGACCCCCGGCAGCGGCGCAGUGAGGAUGCGAGCAGUGGCAUAGGACGCCUGCGUACAGCCACCCCCCCAGUCUCUGCUCUCGCCCCUCUCGCGCUCCG